AUCAAGUGCAAAGUGGUAGGUAAUUUCAAAUUGUCCAGUGUUCAUGAUGCACGAUGGGAAGCUGUGCUUGAAAACUAGAGAUUGCAUUGACAGCCUCCGCCCUCAAUGUGGCAUUGUUGCCGGCGGUCAGUGUACAGUGACUGCAUCCAGCCGAAAGAUGGCGCUGUUGCCGGUUGUCAGGCUACAGGGACGGCAUCCGGCCGCAAUGUGGCACUGUAGACGGCGGUCAGGGAACGUCGACCUCCUCUUCCGGCCGGCCGCGGCGGCCAUUUUUGUUGUCGGGGCGGCAGCUUGUUUCAGUUGGCCGAUGCGGCUAUUUUGACGGACGGCUGAGGCGGCCUUCAAAGGCGAUUCAAUAUGCGAAUGGCAUUGACGGGCCUUGCCCCACCACUGCAGGUAGGCAAGCAUGGUCGAGGUUCCACUUCGCUGCCGGGCCAGACGAGCAGCCGACGCCCAGGGAUCUUCAGAGUCCACGCCGGUGAGGAGCACAAGGAAGUCUUCGGGCAGCCGCCACAGUGAACCUGCUGACGAUUCUGAUCCUGUCCCGGGGGGAGUGUGUUCUCUCCAAAUGCAUCACUCGCUACCUGGUGGGAAUGGCAAUGGCCGAUCUCCUGGUCAUCAUCACCGACGUCUUAUUGAGAACUGUUUUUGUUGUGUAUUUUCCACGUUCAUUCCUGAACAUCACGCCCGUCUGCUCCACUAACGUGGUCCUAGCCUUUGCAGCCACGCUAAGCUCUGACUGGUUCACGGUCGCGUUUACAUUGGAUCGAUUCUUGGCAAUUUGCUAUCAGAAUGUGAAAAUAAAGUAUUGCACCGAGAGAACGGCGACAGUUAUUAUGGGGAUUGUGAGCGUAUUUAGCUGUUUAAUAAGUGUGCCCUGGUAUUUUACAAUGGGCCCAGAAUACAAUAUGGACAAUAUACCCAGGGGCUGCGUAUUGAAACAGGCUUUCUUAAACUUAACUUCAUGGGCUUCAUUUGAGCUGCUGACGUACAGCUUAAUUGCGUGGUUCCCGUUCUUUUUGUUGAUGUUGCUCAACUCACUGACCGCCAGACACAUUUUAAUGUCCGGUCGAGUCCGCAGAGGGCUCCGCGGCCGUAAUACUGGAGAUAAUGACCCGGAGAUGGAGAACCGAAGGAAAUCCGUUGUUCUCCUCUUCUGUAUAUCCGGUAGUUUUCUAUUGUUAUGGAGCACAGAAGUAAUAUAUGUAUUGUCCGAGCGUGUAUUCGGGAUUCCGUAUGUCAAAGGCAGUGACUUCGAAUCAGUUGGGUUCAUGCUUCAAGUUUUGAGUACCUGUACAAACACGGUAAUAUAUGUCCUGACACAAAACAAAUUCAGAGAGCAGAUGAAGAGCGCCGUGAGGUGCCCAAUAUAUCUAAUUGUAAAGUUACUGAAAACUAGGAAUGCUUCUUGAUGCGCAGCGGGCAGAUAGA